CAGGUGUAUUGAAGAUUAAUUGUUAGGAGCAAAUUGAGGUACCAUAAUGGCAACCCUCCUUACCUCGCGCUCGUGCGUGGUUGCUCGUCAUGGCCGCUUACAAGCGCAAGAGCAUUACUGCAAGAUGUUCCAACCGGCGCUUGCCAUGCCUAUCCGCCGCUCCGCGCUGCCAAGUCUGGAAGCUGCAUCGCGCGAGCAGCGAUCGCUGGCGAGCGUUAGCACAUGGAGCAUUCCCGUGUCGGGUCCUGGAUCUCCCAGCGUCGCCAGCUCCUCAGGCGGCGUCGCUGGCCAGGUCACUGCCGAGCUGAUGAACAGCAUGCGCGGUAAAAUUUGCGAGGCCCUGGAGACCGACACCUGCACGGUGACGGACGUCUACGGCGAUGGCCGCCACGUAAGCAUCGAGGUCGUUUCAAAGCUCUUCGCAGACAAGAACUCCAUGCAGCGUCAGCGCAUGGUGUACAAGGCCAUCUGGUUGGAGCUCCAGGAGGCCGUACACGCCGUGGACAGCAUGACCACCCGGACACCUGAGGAGGCCGGCAAGUGAGAGGAGGCAAGUAAUCGGAGCCCACAUGCCGCGCCCUGGUAUGGACCCCGAUCCUCAAUGGCCCCCGAACUGGUCCCCGAUCCAAUCCGAUCUGAUUUGGGUUGAUUCAAUUUGAACAUGUCUUCGUGUCGAUCUGUUAUGACCUGGUCUAUCCUUGAAG